ACCAGUCUCAUGAUACUGUCAAAUCCAUAGACUGUAUAUAUCGGUUAAAACGUUUCAGAGUGUGCUCGGAGUGGCAAUUUACGAACGCACCCAUAGACUUAUAUAUUGACUGAUAUAUUUUUUCUCUCGCAUUAAUGAAUGCUGCUGUGGUUUUGAAUUUACUGGUUUACUUUUAAUUUGACUGUUCAGUAAUUCAUGGAAAAUAAAUAUCUAAACUUAAAAUUGCUAAAAUAUUUAACUUAAUUGAAUGUACUCCAUACACAUGUUGCAUAAGGACCGCGUGUGUUGCAGAAAGAACCAUGUGAUGUCUGCUUAACAAUCAAGCAGUAGUAGCUAGUGAUAGCGACAGUAGCGCUAACAUUGGUUGUGGAGGGAGCAGUAGCACGAGGAUAGGCAAGGGCUAGGUUGUGGGGUAACCUACAUACAGGGCAUUCAGUACUAAUAUAUAGACUUAUAUAUUGACUGAUAUAUUUUUUCUCUGCUGUGGUUUUGAAUUUACUGGUUUACUUUUAAUUGGACUGUUCAGUCAUUUAUGGAAAAUGAAUAUCUAAACAUAAUCUGCACUUGAAUAAUUUAUGGUGUCAACAGUGCAAGAAAGAUGGCCUGCACUGUUUUUUCCUGAGGAGAUAUCUAAAGAAUUUUAUAGAGUCACCAGCAAAAACCUCCAUGAAACUUGGAAUGCAUCUCUUGACAAGUAUACGUCCCGCCUGAUAAAACUUUACCAAGCCAGGAAGACAGCUUUUGGUCAAGAUUUGGAAAAGUUACUGAAUUCACUUAAUGAAGAGACGGCAGACAUUGCGCGCCAUAGAAGGACGACAGCAUUGAGAGGCCUUCCCAUUUUUGUUAGAGAGGAUGCAUCAGAGUUCUUUCUGAAGUGCAUGAACACAGACCCUGAGGAAGAGGUGGUUGGAGGAGUGGCAGUUGCCAUACUGACUGUCUAUGACGAUGAUGAUGGCACCGAAUCCCCACCAGUGACUGAAAUCAAUGUCAUCUUGGAAGGGGCAGUUAUAAAACACGACCUACCUGACCUCGCUGCUGCCUUCGCCUACCUGUUUGGCCUAAUGUAUGCAAUGGACAUAAGCUAUCCAGAGAAGAUGAGGUACACCUUUGAGGCCAUCCAGACUAUCUUUUCCGAGCUUGGUUCAAGAUGCUCGCAGCGCACGCGAUCCUUGAAAGAGAAGCUUUUGCUGUGAAGCCUGUGUAUGAUUUACACUCACACACACAUACACACGAACGCACGCACGCCCAGCUCUGUCAUCACUCCUCCAUGAACAAGCCUACACCAGCUCUUUCUCACACACACACACACACACACACACACACACACACACACACACACACACACACACACACACACACACACACACACACACACACACACACACACACACACACACCAGUA